AUGGGUGUGCUGCCCACCUUCCGAAGGGUAACCUGGCAGACCUGCCCCAGGGACAGCCAGCAAGAAGGUCUCUACUCCCCCAAGGCCUCAGGGAGAAUGGCGAGUCAGAAGGCCACCAUCAAGCCCAGGGAAGAAGAGUUCCAUCCUCAUGCAGCCAAGGACAGCUUUCUGAGGUGGCCUAUGCUUUCCCAGAAGCUGGGGACUCUUGGGGCAACUCCCUCGGUGGCCUGGUCUGAUUGUAUUAAGGAGCCAAGCCCCUACAUGAAGACCUGCAGCCUGCCCGUGUGGUCCCCGUGCUUGGACACCAGGGAUGCGAACAGCUCAGUGUCAUCUGGCCGACUCUCUGGCUCUUCAGGCGGGCAUGAUUCAUGCGCACUUUUCCAUGGGCCCUGGAAAGAAAGGCCACCCCUGGUGUUGGGGCCCCAGCGUCAGCCCAGGAAGAGUAACCCUCGUCUGGAGCAGUUGAGGGACAAGAUCCGGGCCCAGGCACAGUGGCAGGCUAGCUGUGCCUCCCUGGGCACCUCUGUCCCCUCUAGUGCCUCGUGCCUCUACAAGACCUCCUCGACAGGAUUCCAGAAGAAGACCCCAAGGAUGACAAAUGACCUUCCGGUGGCUGCUUGCCCAGGCAUCCUUCGUGCAGCUGAACAUAGAAGCAAAGAUCGGGCACCUCUCAGCCUGAGACGGGGGCUCUCGAGGAUUCCCCAGCACCAUGCUUCAGUUCCAAGGACAAACAUCAAAAGGAUCAGAAGUACUUCUUACAAAAGAGAGACUCCAAAGUCAUCUGUCCCCCGCAGAACUGUCAAAGGCAGAGGCUCUGACAAGGAAGCAGGAACCGUCGGGGACACAUCUGUCCACACCUGGUUCUCUAAGCUUCCCUGUGCCCGUGGUGACCAGCAGGUUUCUGAGCACACACCCAACCUAGCUUUCCAUGAUCAGUCAGGAACUAUCCAGGGUGCCAUUGAGAUCCUACAAGACCUGCGCCAGCAAAUCCAGACUGGUCUGGAGCUUGCCAGGCGCCCCAGGGUGGCAAGGAAGCUCUCGUCAUCAAAGCCAAAGCCACAAAACCUGGCAGGGAAGAGCCAGCAGGGACUCCAGAACCCCUGGGACAUUCAGGGCUCCCCAAAGAGUGCUUGGAUUGCAACAGAAGGGAAAUGCUCUUCCUUGGGUAGGGCUGGAAAUUUGCACAGCCAGCAACACUGGAAGAAAGCGGCGGCUGAGCGGGAGUCUUGUCCACAGAGAGCUUGGGCAGCACAGGGACAACACACCUCCUUCCAGAGGCCUGGAAGCACCCCAGAAAAGCCAGACUCCUUCUCCCAGCGGCCCUGGAGUGCCGUGGCUUGGCAAACCAGUCCACAGAGGGCCUGGGAAAAUCUAGGACAGGAUCCCUCCUUCCAGAGGUCUGGAAGCCCCCCUAAAAAGUCAGGCCCCUUCUCACAGCGACCCUGGAGCGCUCUGGCUGGCCAAGCUUGUUCACAGAGGACUUACACAGCUGGUACAGACUGGGAGGUUCCUGGGUACAGCCCAUGGAGCUCUGAGGCGAGGGUACAUCCUGUUCUCCAGCAGCCCUGGAGUAGGGCCUCUGUUCAGAGUCCCUACAGUAAGGAAAAAAGUGCUGGCCCUCCUCCUUCAAAAGUCAAGCCAGCUUGGACAGAGCCUGCCCAGGACUUCCCUCAGAGCAAACCAGCAAAGGAGCAAGACACCCUGGAGACCCCACCCUGUCCAAGGCCACGGCAGCCUCUGGGCCAGCCACGUAACUCUGAGUCCUUGCGUGACUUCAUGCGCCGGAAGGCCCAGGCCCGACGCCAACAGGCCAUGGAGCAGAAGACCUUGGCUGCACACGCUCUGGAGCUGCGGAACCAGAGGCUGCAGGAGCUAUAUCGGAAACAGCGAGAGGCCAUCCUGGGCAAGGCUGUCCCUGUGGUUUCCCAGAGGAGCCCUGGCAUCGUCACCUUUGUUCCCAGUUCCGUACAGUCUGAGGACCUGGAAGCCCCCGGGAGUCUCAGGUCACCACUGCAGAAGUGGAGCAAGGUGACAUCUGGCAUGGUGCUUGGGAACCAGGAGGCUCCAGACAGCUUCUGUCUGUGUUUGAACAAACCAUGGAACUGUGCUGAGACCCAGAACACUGGAUGCCCCCGGGAAGGCGGCCUCCCGCACUUCCAGUACAAGCAGGCCCGGCUGCAGGCACUGGAGACCAUGGCCGAUGUCCUCAAGCAGCGUAUCGACAUCUUAACCACCAAGUUACACAAGUCGACAUCGCUGGACACAGCUGGUGACCUGGCCUCCGACAUGCCGCCCUUGGGCCCCAGCACAGCACCUACCACCCCCACUCUCACGCCUCCCUCUUACCUCAGAAGUUUAGUGUCUGACGGGAGCAGAGGAACUCCCCAGGACUGGGUGGACACGCAGGGCAAGCCCCUUCUCCCCAGCACCUACGUCCAGGACAGCCCCAGCUGGAAGCCUCUGAGCUCAAACCUGGGGACUCACAUUGAGAGCCAGCCCCAAGGUCCUGUAUCCAGCACCCCUGCCUCAGAGUCUCAGGUUCAGCCUUGCCUUGCUGGUUCAUCAAGUCGUGGCGCCCUUUCCAAAGGUGCCAUAGAGGAGAGACACCGGGAGCUGGAGAAGAAGCUGCAAAGAGAGAUGGCUACUCUCCAGGCCCUCGGUGCCUGCAUGAGGAGCUCACUUGGUUUACCAGCUGCACCAGCCCCCACCUGUGGCUCCCUUUGGCAGGAGGAGAAACUGGGAACCAAAAAGGCAGGCUUGGUAACACCCUGGACCACCCAGAGCUGCGGUAAGGGCGAGCCUGAAGACAGGCCCUGGGCUGGCUGGUCGGGUGGCCAGGGGGGCCUCCCAUGGGCCUCUUCUACUGCCUAGCUUGAGCUUGAUCUCGCAGGGUAGAGACCUUGUUCUAUAUGGACGGCAGCCACAUGUCCGUAUUAAAGUGUUUUGAGGCUCUC